AUGGAGCCUAGUACUGAUGUAUUGUCAACGAAAUUAAAACAACGAGCUGUGAUUGAAUUUUUAAUCACCGAAAAUGUUAAUCCGACAGACAUUCAUCGUCACUUAAAAGCUGUUUACGGUAAUAAAACUGUAGACCGAAGCACAGUAUCUCAUUGGGUAUCAAAAUGUAAAUUAGAUGACCCUGGUAAAAUGAAUAUUCUGGAUAAACAUCGCGAUGGACGACCUGUAACUGUUACGGAUGAAAAACAUCGAAUUCAAGUGGACGAGCUUAUCAAAAAUGAUCGUCGAAUAACUCAAAACCGCAUAGCUGAUAUGUCGCAAGAAAGAGUCGAGUUCAUUAUUCAGCAACUUGGCUAUCAAAAAAUUUGCGCUCGUUGGGUACCGAAAAUGUUGACACAGGAAAGCAGUGAAGUCUGGGAUAAAAGAGAGACCAGCUACAUAUUUCAGUGA